AUGACCACUCUAAUUUCAUGUACCUAUACAGACCAAAAUACGGAUUUCCUCAAGCGCUUCUCUUCAUUCAAGAACAAGAAAAGGCACCAGCCAAAGUCUUUAUCGCUUGAGAAACACACUGAGUUCCGCAUGUAUACCAAGUCUGUAAAGUACGUCAGACUAAAGCUAUUGGAGGGGACAGAGAUCAACAUUGGCAGGAUACUGGGCAAGUGGAAACGUUUUUGUGAAGAGCUUCUGAAGACAAAAGACUAG